CAAAGCAAUCGGUUUUAAUUUACGACUCCAAAAAAUUAAAAAUGCAACGCUUCUCCACCGUUUUUCUACUGUUGUGUGUAUUCACUUGUGCUUUGACUCUUAAUCCAAUCUGCAAAGUUAAAUUUCGAGGCAUCGGUUAUUGUAAAAUGUUAAUGCCGAGAAUUGUUUACAUGCCAUCUGAAAACAAAUGUAAAUUCGUUUACAUUUCUGGAUGUUCCGCCGAAGGAACUUUUUUCAGGAGCCUGAAGAGCUGUGUAGCCAAAUGCAAGGUGUAAUGCUAUAAGUUAUAAACAUACAGGAAAAAACUGAAGAGAUAUUUAAUAAGUCCUACAUUAUUUAUGUACCUUGUAUAACUCGAUUAGUAACAGGUAUUAAACAAUAUUAUAAGCGAAAA